AUUCGACCAUUUUUUGCCACGGAUUGUGUAUGUAGUUUAUUUAAUUGUGCUGGAAAAAUCUAAGGAAAACUGGAUGUCACCGUUCAGAGAUAAUAAUUAAAAUUAUUUGAAUGUGAACUAGACAGUGUGGUCCACCGUCAGACGUAGGAAAAACGAUGCACAUACAAUAAUUCCAGUUAAUAAAACGGGUACGAAAACCAAACUCUCAAGUGCGUAGAAAAUGUCUUGAAAACCCGUACGCAGGAGGAGCUGAAAGAUAAUUCUGUCCACCCCUUUGAUCCAUUUAAUAUCGACUUUUAGAACAUGGUUUCCACCCGCCAAAUGUGUGGCAGUGCCGGACCCGCGACUGGAAACGGAUCGGUAUCUGAACAAGCGUCCAGCAGCAACGCCUCUCUCCCUGCCCAGAGGGAGGCGGCUACACGUACCUCCGUCUUGAGGCGCACUGCGACCUACAACAGCCAGCCGCAGUCCUCGCCAGCCACCCUACAGGCCUACUCGGCCAGUGUGGUAACUCGCCAUAACUACACCAUGCAGAUGCAACGCUCCGACCGGGUCGGAUCAAAUGGUGCCGCCACAAGCUCCUUGUCCAGUGGCCUGCCAGCUCCCAUUCUCAACAUUCUCGAUUUGCCCACGGAGCUGGUGGAGAAGAUAGUCGGCUUUCUGGAUUACAAAAACGUUUCAAAUCUGAGAAUGGUAUCGCAUCGCUUCAAUGACAUUAGCAUGGCCAUCCUGAACGGAGCCUUCGCCAGGCAGAUCAAGACCACAUACAACCGUUUCCACUCGAUCAAGGCGAACAUGCCGCGUCGGGAGUCGGCCCGUCGCAGUCACCCACUGGCCUGCGAGUGCGACAUCAUCGAGACAUGCUACAUGCGGCUGUCGCUGCUGCACAUGUCCAUGGGCAAGCAUAUCGAGCGAGGCCAUUGCUGUUUCUUUCCAGGCGCCAUACUGGACGAGGUGAAUGCGAUUCUGAAAUAUAUCAGUAUUACGCCCAAGUUGCAGCGACCUUAUCGGGUGACCGACGAACUCUUUGAUCUCUCGACCAUGGCCAUGGAGUACUUCAAGGAUCGCAUUGAGCCCACGCUGCCUGGGCUGGCGUAUUUCAAUAAGAAUUUCUACACCUUGCCCACCACAACAAAGCGACCCACUCUCGCCAUAGCUUCGGAUCUCGCGGACAGCGACAGCAAUUCCCCCCCACAGAACCACAUGGUGCUCCGCAAGGGCAUACGCAAAAUCAAACAGGGCAUGAAAAUGUACAACAAUCAGCUGUCGGUGCUGCGCACCGACCUACGCACCUGCAAGCGCAAGGCCGCCGAGCAGAGCAAACUGUUUGCUGAGCAACAGAACCUGUUGUCCGAGCACCAGAAACAAACGCUGGAGUACACUAGUCGGUUGGACGAGAACGACAAAAAGAACGAGGAAAUGGCACGCAAGUUGUCCACUUUGCUGCAGGAGCUCAACAAGUGCAAGACGGAGCUGCAGUUCUGGCGCUCCAAGAGUCCUGCCAUUCCUGCUGUGUGCAGCUCGUGCAAUCAGAAGGUGGCACCUGUGGUGCCGCCAGAAGAUUUCCAGGCACUCGUCAAUCAGGGCGUCGAUCCGGAGCACAUAAUCAUCAUCAACGAUGAUGCAGACACUGAGAGCGAUGUCAGCGUUGGCGAACUUAAGGAAUUUGCCUCUCCGGACGAGUCCACCACAGCAAAGCUAUUGGCUGUCAACUCGGCCGUCAGCUCGAAGAACUUGAAGCGCAAGCAUCCUUCAGAGGCACAGUCCAACAUAAUUGCGUCCACUUCUAAGGCACCCGACGCAGCCUCAACCCUAGAGCUGGCGUCUCCGAGUGGUGGCGGCGCCGACAGUGGCGGAACUGUAAGGGCAGGGGGAUAUUCGCCGAAACUCUUUUAUGGAACUCAUCAGCGAAGCGGCGUUAUUGUCAGUCCAGUGUCCAUGAAACAAUGCUCAUCGCCGCCGCUGAUGACCAUGGCUCCUGCUGUUGAGGCUCUCGAGGAGCCGGAGGAGUCGAAGAAAGCACGUAGAGUACAAAAGGCCAACAGAUGUGUAAAUACGGCUGGCAAGCGCAGUAAAUAAGCAGCAAACAUACAUAUAUACACUUUACAUAUUUUGUACGGAUAAUUUACAUAAAAAAAAAAACAAAACAAAACGAAUCUUCUGCAUGCCCCGCUCUCUGCUUGCUCAGGAUAAGGCAAGGUGCAGGGACUGGGGCAUGCGCUGUAGUUUGAACGGAGGAAUCAAAUUAA